AUGGUAGCCUUAUGUGGGAUGGGUGGAGUGGGAAAGACGACAAUGAUGAAGAAGUUGAAAGAGUUUGUGGUUGAAAAGAAAAUGUUUAAUCAUUAUGUGGAGGCGGUUAUAGGGGAGAAGACGGACCCCAUUUCUAUUCAGCAAGCCGUUGCAGAGUACCUUGGUAUAAUUCUAACAGAAACCACUAAGGCAGCAAGAACUGAUAAGCUACGCGCAUGGUUUUCUGACAAUUCAGAUGGAGGAAGAAAGAGGUUCCUGGUAAUCCUGGAUGAUGUAUGGCAUCCAGUUGAUAUGGAAGAUAUUGGUUUAAGUCGUUUCCCAAAUCAAGGUGUCGACUUCAAGGUCUUGAUUACAUCAAGGGACCAAGCUGUUUGCACUGAGAUGGGAGUUAAAACUGAUUCAGUUAUCAAGGUGAGUGUCCUAGAGGAAGCUGAAGCACAAAGCUUAUUCUGCCAACUUUGGGAACCUUCUGAUGAUGUCGAUCCUGAGCUCCAUAAGAUUGGAGAAGAAAUUGUAAGGAAGUGUUGUGGUUUACCCAUUGCAAUAAAAACCAUGGCCUGCACUCUUAGAAGUAAAAGCAAGGAUACUUGGAAGAAUGCACUUUCUCGUUUACAACACCAUGACAUUAACACAGUCGCGCCUACUGUUUUUCAAACCAGCUAUGACAAUCUCCAAGACGAGGUGACUGGAGAUACUUUUUUGCUCUGUGGUUUGUUUCCGGAGGACUUUGAUAUUCCUACUGAAGACUUACUGAAGUAUGGAUGGGGCUUAAAAUUAUUCAAGGGAGUGGAUUCUGUAAGAGAAGCAAGAUACCAGUUGAACGCCUGCAUUGAGCGGCUCGUGCAUACCAAUUUGUUGAUUGAAAGUGAUGUUGUUGGGUGCGUCAAGUUGCACGAUCUGGUGCGUGCUUUUAUUUUGGAUAUGUUUUGUAAAGUGGAGCAUGCUUCGAUUGUCAACCAUGGUAGUAGUAAGCCUGGGUGGCCUGAAACUGAAAAUGAUGUGAUCAGGACCUCCUGCAAAAGAAUCUCAUUAACAUGCAAGGGCAUGAUUGCAUUUCCUAGUGACCUCAACUUUCCAAAUGUCUCAAUUUUAAAACUUAUGCAUGGAGAUAAGUCGCUGAGGUUUCCUUGUAAUUUUUAUGAACAAAUGGGAAACCUUCAGGUUAUAUCAUAUGAUUAUAUGGAGCAUCCAUUGCUUUCCUCAUCACUUGAAUGCUGCACCAACCUUCGAGUGCUUUGUCUACAACAUUGCUCAUUGGCGUUUGAUUUCUCUUCUAUUGGAAACUUGUUGAAUCUGGAAGUGCUUAACUUUUCUAGAUCUAGAAUUAAAUCUCUACCUUCUACAAUAGGAAAUUUGAAGAAGUUAAGGGUACUGGAUGUGACAGGUUGUGGCGGUCUUCGUAUGGAUAAUGGUGUCUUUAAAAAUUUAGUCAGACUUGAAGAGCUUUAUGCAUGCUCUUUAAGCUAUCAUGAAGAGACCAUUAGCUUUACAGGUGAUAACUGCAAUGAAGUGGCAGAACGUUGGAAAAACCUUUCUGCAUUGGAAUUUGAGUUCUUUGAAAACAAUGCUCAAUGGAAGAAUCUAUCAUUUAAGAAUCUUGAACGAUUCAAGAUCUCAGUGGGACGCUCUUUAAAAGGAGAAUAUUUAAUGGAGAGCAAACAUUCAUUCGAAAACACACUAAAGUUGGUAAUGAAGAAAGGUGAAGUAUCGGGACCUAGAAUUAACGAGUUGGUUGAGAAAACGGUGGUACUUUGUUUAAGUGUGGAUGAUAUGAAUGAUCUUGAAAUUGUUGUGGUGAAGCCCUCACUUCAUCCUGAGUCCUCUUCAUUCCCAGAUUUAAGAAUCCUUGUUGUUUCAAAGUGUGCAGAGUUGAAAUAUCUUUUCACACUCAGUGUUGCAAAAGCUCUAUCAAAUCUUGAGCAUCUUAAGGUUUCUUAUUGCCCUGUUAUGAAAGAACUAAUACAUAACGAGGAUAGAAGAGAAGAGACAAUUACACUUCGUCCUCAGUCAUCUUCGUUCCGUGAUUUAAAAAUCCUUGUUGUUUUGAAGUGUGCAGAUUUGAAAUACCUUUUCACACUCAGUGUUGCAAAAACUCUGUCAAAUCUUGAAUAUCUCAAGGUUUGUGAUUGCCCUGUUAUGAAAGAACUCAUACAUAACGAGGAUAGAGGCGAAGAGACAAUUACAUUUCCCAAGUUGAAGCUUCUAUUGUUGAGUGGGCUACGGGAGCUAUUGAGUUUGGGCCAGAAUGUCAACGUAAUUGCGCUACCACAACUUGUGGAUUUAGAAAUUGGAGGCAUUCCAAAUAUCACAAGCAUUUAUUCCAAGAAUAAACUGGCAAUAUCUUUCUUGUCAAACGAAGAGGUUUUGAUUCCUAAGCUGGAGCAUCUGUGCAUUUGGGGUAUAAAGAAUUUGAAGGAGAUAUGGCCUCGUGACUUUAGUACGAGUGAGGAAGUUAAGUUGAGAAAGAUUGAAGUGCGCCAUUGUGAGAAUCUUGUGAGUAUAUUUCCUUGCAAUCCCAUCCCAUUGUUACGUCAUCUUGAACAACUUGAAGUCAGGGAUUGUGGUUCCAUUGAAGCAUUAUUCAACAUUGACUUGGAUUAUGUUGAUGAGACUGGAGAAGGCAGCAGCUUGAGAAGCAUUGGAAUAUAUCAAUUAGAGAAUCUAAGAGAGGUGUGGAGAAUAAAAGGUGGUGAAAAUAACUCUGGUCUCCCUAUCCGUGGCUUUCAAGCUGUUGAAAGCAUAAGUAUUUAUGAAUGUAAGAGGUUUAGUUAUUUGUUAACACCUACCACCACCAAUUUUGAUCUGGGGGCACUUACCUCUAUGGUUAUACUUAAUUCGGGAGAAAUUGGGAGAAAAUAUGGAUUGGUGGAAAGUAGCCAAGGGCAAGAGAAUACUCUGUUCCCAGCCUAUCUCAUACAUUCGAUUCAUAACCUCGGUAAACUUGAAUUGGUGAAAUAUAAAGGAGUGGAGGUGAUAUUUGAGAUCAAGAGUACUCCUAGAAAUCAGGAUAAUCAACACCAAAUACUUCCCUACCUUGAGAAUUUGUAUAUAAAUGAUUUGGAGAGGCUGAGUCACGUGUGGAAGUGCAACUGGAACGAGUUCCUACUUCUUCACAGAAAACAGUCAGAAUCCCCAUUCCACAACCUCACAACCAUAGAAAUGAGAAAUUGUCAUAGUAUCAAGUAUUUGUUUUCACCUCUCAUGGCAAAACUUCUUUCCAACCUAAAGAAAGUCAAGAUAAAAUGGUGUGAUGGUAUGCAAGAAGUUGUUUCUAACAGAGACGAUGACGAAGAAGAAGAAAAAAUAACUUCAAGCACCGCUCUGUUCCCUCUUCUUGAUUCUCUCACUUUAAAAAGCCUGCAAAAUCUCAAGUGUAUUGGCGGUGGUGAGGCCAAGGCUGGGAACAAUAAAAUAUCUUCCAACAGUACUACUACCACUACCUCCUUUCUUGAUAAUUCUAAGUUUUCUGAAGUGGACAGUGUUUCUUGGAGCUUAUGCCAAUAUCCUAGAGAGAUAAGCAUAAAUAAUUGCAAUGCAUUGUCAAGUGUGAUUCCAUGGUAUGUAGCAGGACAAAUGAAAAAGCUUCAAGUGCUGAAAAUAAAGUCAUGCGAUGGGAUGAAGGAGGUGUUUGAAACUCAAUGGAUCAACAAAAGUGUUACUAUGCUUGAACUGAGAAACCUCAAGAGAUUGGAAAUCUAUAGCUGUGACCUUUUGGAACAUAUAUUCACAUUUUCCACACUUGAAAGCCUCGAGCAACUUGAAGAGUUAAUGAUAAAGAAUUGCAAGGCAAUGAAAGUGAUUGUGGUGAAGGAGGAAGAUAAUGGAGAGCAAAAAACAAAUGCAUCUUUUUCUAAGGCUGUGGUUUUUCCUCUUUUAAAGCUUAUUGAACUAGUUGAUUUACCAGAGCUGGUGGGUUUCUUUUUAGGGACGAAUCAUGAGUUCCAGUGGCCUUCAUUGGACGAUCUUGUGAUUAAGGAUUGCCCAGAGAUGAAGGUCUUCACAGCUGGUGGGUCGACAGCUCCACAGCUCAAGUAUGUGGAAACAAGCUCAGGCAAACAGCCAAACAUAGUCCUGAAUGCUGGUUUAACUAGCAUGCAACAACCACUACUACUCGGAAGCUUCAGGAGGUGGUUUGAUAGCUCACUAAAGUCACGAAAAAAUAAAAAGUCGUCGAUGUACAAGGAGUAUUUUAAGAUGGGUUUAAUGAUGAAGAAGUCUAUUUUCGAUGAUCACACAUAAAAAAUUCUCAAGACUUGGUAUAAAAAUAUUAAAAGGACAGAGGAAACGAUAAACGUGAGAUCAGAAAGUUUAACCAAUCAACCAAUAGAAGCUCAAGUCAAAGUCAAACCGAGUAACAUAGGGAAGUCAACAACACAAAGACAAUUUGCCAACAUUGUUGCAAGUGUUGACAUACCUAAUGAUAAGACUGCAUAAUUGUUACAAAUGUUGGUCAUAUAUUAUGUUUUAUAAAAAGGUUGUUCUUAACACACAAAAUGUAGGUUUUGAAUAGGUUAUUCAAGUCUUGUAUUUUUAAAAUAGUUUAGUUAUAUGUUGUUAAGUACAACCGAUCAUAUUUUAGUGAAUAUUAUAUUGUAUAAUAAAACUGUAUAUCGUUUGAAUUGAUC